UCACAUGCACAUCACGCCGCCAACAAUUUUAUCUAGAUAGUCGCCGGGUUUAAUGCCGAACAAUUGCCCAUCGUUUGACGCCUGUUUGAAAGUAAUAAAACAAAUUACAGAUUCCUAAAUAUAAUUUCAAAUAUGUAUCUGGGAUCGACUCUCGCCGAUGCCAUGUUGACGAUAUCAAAUUUCAGUUUAACAUAAGCUCUAAAAGUCGAUGUAUGCAGGAUUAAUUUUCAUUCUCAGGAUACUUUCGCCAAAGAAAUGAGGUCAUGAUACCCACAGCUGCCUGUUCAGAACAUGGUACAAUAAAUUGAAAUUCUGUUGUAGAGGCCGUGCUCCAUUGAAGGCUUGGAGAUCUCAAAUCUUGGUUAAGGUUUUGAAGAAUAAUUUGCAAAGAUGCAGUCUGUGGACCACACUCCAAACCAUGAUUAGCACAGAAAAGAUGGAAAUCUUCCUAGAAACGGGGCAUUGUCAUCUCAGUAUUCAGAUCUAGAAAUGCAAAAGUAACACAGAUCUUAACUGCUAACCAGUAUCUGUCUUUUAUAUUUAAAACGUGAAUGAUUACAAGAUUGUGUUUCUUGAAAUAAAAAUAACUCAAAUCACGUGAAACCAUUUUUGAUGCCAAUACCUAUUGAAUGUUCUCACUGUAAGGCUCUUUCAUUGGGUAGGUUAACACGGACUAAGAUUUUUUCAGUAAACUUUUGAAGGACAAUGGGAAUCCAUGGCUGUUUACUACACAACUUGGCAUGAUAUUUACCUUGUGAAGGAGUACACAAAUUGUUGCUUAAUCCGAAACAGAAGUUCACUGUAGACAUGGAAGACCCGAUCAAAAAAUCAAGUUCAAGCAGGACUUUGGAGCUGAGCAAUAUGAAAGGGAAGAAAGGGGCACCUCAUAGGUCUUCCUUUAUAGCAUCAGUUCCAAAGGCUCUUUUACAAAAUACUAUUGCUCCUAUUGUUAAGUUGAAGGAGGUUAAAAUAACUAGAGAAUCUUCAAGUCAUUUAUUGUUCUUUCUACUCAAAACUGUGGCAUUAGAGGUGGUAAGAAGGGUCUCCAAAAGAAGGUUUCCACUAUUAUGGAAUAGCAUACAGGGAAUCUGCUUGCUUAAUUACCCGCCAUUCAGCUGGUUGCAGAAAUGGAUGCCAUUCAGGCAUCUUGGAAAGGGUGCACAGGAAUUUACAGGACCAUUGUUAUGUCUGUCAAUUGCUACAGCUUUUGUAGGUUCGCCUGAGGAGCUGGAGCACUCUACAGAAACACAAGCUGAUAAUUCGACAGCUUCAGAUUCAGUUUGUACAGAACAAAUAGAUGUUGGUGAAAGGGACCAGAUGGAAAUUGUGGAAAAUGUGAAGCAACGCAAUAUCUUGCAAAAACUGAAGGAGGAAUUGGAGAAACAGGGUAUUGAAUUGCCUGAAAGGAUAAAGGAUGAUGAACUAGAAAGGUUCUAUAUUGCAGCAGGUGGUGACUUUUCUAUGUUAUUGUCAUCAGUUAAGAAAACCAUACGGUGGCGGGAAACAUACUACAUUCUCACACCACAAGAGUUAGAUGGCUGGUCAGACUUGGUAUUUUGGCAUGGUUAUGACAUUCAAUUCAGACCGUGUCUUCUUAUUCGCCUUGGCCUUGCUUGCUCUUGUUUGCAACCGGAUGCACGAGCACGCUUUUCUCAGGCAGUUGUUUCCCAGGUAGAGUAUGGAAUCUUGAAUUUACUAAAUUUGGAGGAUCCAAGGAUUACAGUUCUGAUGGACUGUGAAGGGAUAUCUACUUUAAGAUUUCCAAUGCAUAUGGUGAAGUCUUGCUCUAAUCUUCUACAAAAUCAUUAUCCAUCUCGCCUUGCUGCCUUAUAUGUGACUAAUCUUUCUCCUAUUGUGCGAGUCAUUGCACAAACUCUUAUUCAGGUUUUGAAGCCUGUUACACGUGAGAAGCUACAUAUUCUUGGAGACAACUACCCAAGGAUACUUUCUGAAUAUCUUGAGUUAGUCCCCUCCUUUUUAGGUGGUGAUUGUAAAUGUACCAGCUGUACCAGGGUCCGCUUUAAUGAUGACAUGGAUAUUGUUAUGAACAGUAAAUCAUCGCUUCACGGAAAUGAUGAAAUGGACAUUGAAGGGACUUCCUAUGACAAUGAAACCUCACAAGAUGUUGGCAGUCACGUUUUAAGGGCAAUCAUAGUGGCUCUCCUAAUGUUUUGGGUAUUGGUUGCCACACUUGCAGGAUUUUAUGAAUCCGACCAACAGAAUCCUUCAACUUGAUAACAUCCAUCCAACCAUUGCAAGUUUAAAUUAGUUUCAGUAUGCUUUUCAGGAUGUUAAAUCUCAAGGCCAACUGUUAAAGAGAGGUCCAGAUCUCACAAAUAUCAGCCAUAAAGUCCUACUCUUUCCAAGCUUAUUCUGUUGUCAUCUUUAAUUAGCAAUUUGAGGUUUGGAAGCAUUAUUUGUUCCUACCAAUGCUGCCAUGUUAAGGCACGCUGUCAAGUUUGGUGGCAUUUAUGGUAACAAAUUACACCAUGUGAGAAGUUUAUUCUUUUUUAUUUUUGAUAUAUUGCCAAUAAUGAAUCUCGUACUAUCACUUAGACAAGAACAUAAAACUUGCUUUGAACAGAAAAAUUCUGUAUGGAGUGAGGUUGUUGUUCACUUAGACUGAAAUUUUGCAAAUUAGUUGAUCAGGGUAAUGAGUAGGCUGUUAUAUGCAAAUUUGGCCACAAUAAGCAAGCAGCCUUGUGGGUAAGAGGAGAGGAAUAUCAGAAAAGAAUAGUAAACUUUGGUACUCCUGCUUGGAAGGAUUUUAAUUUUGAGUUUGCAAGGCUGAUUCCAUUCAUGAUGAAAAGAAUAGGCUACGAACUUGUUAAAAAACAUGCGCCAGGUAUGCUUAAGCUCCUUUUGUCCUUAAGCCUGUUGUGGAAACUUGUGUUUGAGCUUGAAGUUCAAUUUUGUUAUAUAACUAUGUGCGAAAUAAAUUUUUACUACAUUUUUAUUUGAUCGUGAAAA